GUCGAUCGGCUGCGAUGGAUCCCAGAGAGAUAAUCUUCGGCUUGGCUUCUUGCGGCCCAAAAGUUUAACCCCCGACGUCGGCGGGGCUCUUUUUUUUUCCUUCUCGGUGCUCAUGGCAGAAAUCAACGGACUCCGCCUUUUCUUCACCUCGCAGCCCACCUAGACCGGCCUGGCAUAUCCCCUCUUCAUUGGCUCUGGCUGCGUUUUCUUAAUCCUUUCUUCUGCUUCCGCAUUGAGGCCUUUGCGUCAAUCCAUCCCUCCGUUCUAUCAUGACCGCAUCCUCCUUCGUCCUCAAAACCCCCUGCUCCUCGGCCAAUAUUGGCCCGGGCUUUGAUGUGAUCGGCCUGGCGUUGUCUCUUCAUCUGGAACUCCAGGUCACAAUCGACUCGUCCAAACCCUCUUCUCAGCAUCCCCUCAACUGUGUCAUCACCUACGAUGAUCAAAGCAAAAGCACCGAGAAAAUCAGCUUGGACCCCGAAGUGAACCUGAUCACGCGUGUAGCUCUAUACGUACUUAGAUGCCAUGAACAGAGAUGCUUCCCUGUCGAAACCCAUGUUCACAUUGUAAAUCCCAUUCCUCUGGGCCGGGGUCUCGGAUCGUCGGGGACCGCCGUGGUGGCCGGUGUCAUGCUGGGGAACGAGGUAGGUCGCUUGGGACUGAGCAAGGACCGCCUAUUGGACUACUGCUUAAUGAUCGAGCGCCACCCGGACAACGUUGCGGCGUCGCUCUUCGGCGGGUUCGUGGGCACGUAUCUGAACGACCUCAGGCCCGAAGACGUAGCCCGCAAGGAGAUUCCUCUCAGCGAGGUCCUGCCCGCCCCGGCCGGAGGUGUUGACACGGGCAAACGACCUCCCGAGCCCCCUCUUGGAAUUGGCCAUUACCGGAAGUUCCAAUGGGCCAAGGAAAUCAAGGCCAUUGCGAUCAUCCCUGACUUCGUGGUGCCUACUGCUAAUGCACGAAACGUGCUCCCCACCGAGUACACGCGGGCCGAUGUCGUAUUCAACCUUCAGCGUGCUGCCUUACUCCCGGCGGCUUUGGGCACGUCCCCGCCCGAUCCAGACAUGAUAUAUUUGGCCAUGCAGGAUAAGGUGCAUCAGCCGUAUCGUCAGACGCUGAUUCCAGGAUUGACCGAGAUUCUCCAAUCGAUGAACCCGAGCACCCAACCGGGGCUACUUGGAAUCUGCUUGUCGGGUGCCGGUCCAACGAUUCUGGCUCUGGCCACGGAUAACUUCACUGAAAUCGCAGAUCGUAUUGUCUCUCGAUUUGCGUCCAGUAAUAUAACUUGCCAAUGGAGGCUCUUGGAACCAGCCCAGGCAGGUGCCACGGUGCAAUAUUAGAGGCACUUGGGCGAUUGGACAUACUCUAUCGGAGAGGGAAAGGAGCGUUCACCGGUGGGUGCCGCAGCGGUUUGGCAGCGAUGAACGUGAAGGAACCGUACUAUGACCUGAUAACGAAGCUUACCUUGAUAGAAAUCGAAUGACGAGAACCGGUUGGUGAAGAUAGCCAUCUGUACGGAGUUCUGCGGCGUAGGAUCCGGGACGCUGGGUUCUAGGCCCAAGGCGGUCAGCGCGGCUUCACCACGACCAACGCGGGAACUCGGGGCUUCGUAGUAUUCCACCUAACUCCCC